AUCUAUCUUAAAGUCUUUCAAAAAACCGAACGUGAAAACCGCAAGGAUGUCGCUCCCUUGAGUUCCGUGUGUAUUUUCCAGCCGGAACGCCACAGUCUGAGUUGUGCCCUCUGUUCCCCACGGCAUUUCCCGUCAUGACCUCCUAGCACCGCUUGGAUCCAACGAAUGGGAUUUAUCACUAAAUUAAACAAAUUUCAGUGUUAUCUGUCCACUAACGCAUUGCACGUCUCAAAAUCCUUAAUGACGGCAAGGCAGAGGAUUUGACUGGUACAACGUUCCCUUUGAUUUAGAUUAAUAAUCAAGUCACUGACGCUGUUACGGCCUUCCAAUGGGGGGAGCAAAGAGUAAGCCAAAAGACCCAGGCCAGAGAUCUCGGAGUCUGGAUGGCACCAUUGGUAUGGGCUCUUCUGGUGUACACCAUUUCUGUGCCAGUCCCCAGACGCAGACCCCGAAUCGAAGCCCUGCAGUGGGGGCCAGCAAACGAGGCAACACCUAUCAUGCCAAUAAUGCAGAGCUGACUCUUUUUGGAGGUGUGGGACAUCCAGGGAGCAUCAUGCCACCCCAGAGAGGCCUACUUGCAGGGGGUGUCACAACAUUUGUGGCAUUGUAUGAUUAUGAAUCUCGGACGACUGCAGAUCUUACAUUUAAGAAAGGUGAACGACUACAGAUUCUCAAUAACACAAGAAAGUACAACUGCAGGGAAGGAGACUGGUGGUUGGCUCGUUCUCUGACCACAGAAAAGACUGGAUACAUCCCCAGCAAUUAUGUAGCGCCCUCCGACUCCAUCCAAGCUGAAGAUUGGUUUUUCGGUAAGAUAACCCGUCGUGAUUCUGAGCGACUACUCCUGAACAUCCAAAACGAAACAGGCACUUUCCUUGUGAGAGAAAGUGAGACAACAAAAGGAGCAUACUGUCUGUCUGUAUUGGACUGUGACAACCUGAAGGGGCUGAAUGUUAAACACUAUAAAAUAAGGAAGCUGGACAGUGGUGGUUUUUAUAUCACAUCACGCACCCAAUUCACCAGUUUACAACAGCUCGUGCUACACUAUCGCAUGCAGGCAGACGGUUUGUGUCAAGCUCUGACUGACAUCUGUCCCGUGCUGAAGCCGCAGACGCAGGGUCUGGCGCGGGACGCCUGGGAGAUCCCCCGCAAGUCACUCCAACUGGCUGUCAAGCUGGGUCAGGGCUGCUUUGGUGAAGUGUGGAAGGGUACCUGGAAUGAGACCACACAAGUGGCCAUCAAGACACUGAAACCAGGGACCAUGUCCCCUGAAGCCUUCCUUCAGGAGGCCCAGGUCAUGAAGAAACUCCGACACGAGAAGCUGGUCCAGCUCUAUGCUGUCGUCUCACAAGAACCCAUUUAUAUUGUUACAGAAUACAUGAGUCAAGGUAGCCUGCUUGACUUCCUUAAAGGGGUGAAGCAAAAGUAUUUGCGACUUCCACAGUUGGUUGAUAUGGCUUCUCAGAUUGCUGCUGGCAUGGCAUAUGUUGAAAGGAUGAACUAUGUGCAUAGAGACCUAAGAGCAGCUAACAUUCUUGUCGGCAACAACCUGGUAUGCAAGGUGGCUGACUUUGGACUGGCGAGGCUCAUUGAAGACAACGAGUACACUGCCAGACAGGGUGCCAAGUUUCCCAUAAAAUGGACAGCUCCAGAGGCGGCCCUUUAUGGCCGCUUCACGAUCAAAUCGGACGUCUGGUCUUUUGGCAUAUUACUCACUGAGCUGGCCACCAAAGGGCGAGUUCCAUACCCAGGAAUGGUGAAUAGGGAGGUCCUUGACCAGGUGGAGCGUGGGUACCGCAUGCCAUGCCCGGCAGAGUGCCCGAGCUCCAUGCAUGAGCUCAUGCUUAGCUGCUGGCGUAAGGAGGCUGAGGAGCGACCAACCUUCGAGUACCUGCAGGGCUUCCUGGAGGACUAUUUUACCUCUACUGAACCCCAGUACCAGCCUGGGGAAAACCUCUAGGAAUUUCUGGUGUCAUCGGUGGAAGGGCCUCGAAACUGUGGGUAUGUGCAUCUGCACACAGGUUUGUGUUAGAAUACGAGGGGGGUCACAGAAAAUCUUUCUAUCGUGUAUGAAGAUUAUGCAUUUGUGUUUUGAGGGGGACUGAACUCCAAAUGUGUGGGUAUGUUCCUCUGUGCACAAGUUUGUGUAUUGAAGAAAAGGGGGGACAUGAAGCUUCCUUACAUCAUUUAUGAAAUGUAAGUGUGUGUAUGUGUGGGUGGGUGGAGGAUAGCCAAAUGGUACGACUUUAAUUUUUCACACAGCAGAGUACUGCCACAUGCCCAAGGUGCCAAAGGAUCGAUCCACUUCUCUGUCACUUUCCUCUUUCCUUUCUUGAAUUUUUUUUCCAUCCAUUUUUUCUUCACCCAGUCCUAGUUCUACCAGAACUAGGAGUGAUCACUUAUUGCAUUUUAUGGUAUUACGCAGUGUAACUCUUUUUCAUUGUACUUUUAAAUGAAAGAGCUGUUGUACUUAUUAUUAUGGGGCAGGUCUUUUUAUACCACAAAACCUAAAAGGUUUUUUGUUUUGUGUUCAGUUAAAAAAAAAUUAAGCCACAAAACCAACCGUGACACUAGCAUGUGUGCCUGGACACAGCAAAUUGGCUAUGAUUUAUUGAUGCCCUCUUGAAUGAACAAAUAAAAUGUACUAGGUUGCACUAUUUUAAAAAAAAUCAGAUGUCUGAAAGAAAAAGGUUUUUUUUCAAUGUAAUAGGGUAUUUAUUUUAAAAUAAUCUUCGUUGCAUAUAAUCUUAUGUUUAUGAGCUCUUAUAAGAUUGUUACAGCAGAGUUUUGGGGUAAUAUUGCAGAUUUGUAAUUUGCUUGGUUCAUAAAUGUUAGAAUCUUUUUUGUAUCAAAUUUUCUAAAACUUUGUACAUUUUUACCCAGAACAGACAUUUUUGUUCCUAUAACAAAUACAGAUAUUUCCUAUGACAAAUUUGAGAUAUAUACAGGAGGCUCUGUAAUGGAAUUCAAACUCCAGACAUUGUUUAUGUUUACAGAAGAUAAUUACGUUCAGUUCGGUUGCUAAUGAGUGUUAAAACAAAUGCAUAGUUAUUUUGUACUAUACUUAAUAUGCCUUACUACAUGUUGUGGCUUCAUCACACAUUAAAGUGCAGACCAUAAAAUUGGCUUUGUCAUACUAAACACUUUUAAAAGUAUUUAAAUAGGACCGCAAGCUACUAUAUUUUGACACAGAUUAAAGAUCGACCCUUUGAAAAUGACUUGUAUGGCUGAUAUUUUUGUUAUAAGCAUGAAACGAAAAUAGUAAAACAGGUCAUAUAAAGCACUCUGCAAUGUGUGGUUAUUAAGUAGGAGUUUCAGAAGUGUGUUUUUGUUUUGUUUUUUGUUUUUUUCUUUCAGGAAAUGAAUCCUAAUUUCCUCCCAAGGGAUUAUACAUUUCUUCAUAUGUAUUUUGGGAUACUGUUGGAAUUUCUUCUAAUUAUAUUAGAAAGCAGAACUGCAUGGAUGUCAGUCUAGAACAGUGUGGUAAACAAUGAGUAGUAAAAGAUGUUGCCUGGAAUUCGUAGGCUGUGGAGUCUUAAAGAAGGGUUACCUCUGACAAGGUUGUGUAUUUUGAAAAUGCAAGGCAGCCUGAGUGGGUUUUUUUCACCCUCCAGUCCAGAAGAAUUUUUUUAUUCAUAGAGUACAAUAUUAAUGAAAUGAUAUAAUGAUGGUAUAGUGGAUGAAAUUCCCUCGCAAAAAAAGUUUGUUUAUUUUGAUAGAUGUAAAUCUAAUCUGACUUUUUGGUUAAAAAAAAAUGUAAAUAAAUUUGGAGGGGCGGGGACUAUCAUUUCAGCUGAGCAAAAACGCUAAUAGGGCUAGCUUUUUAUUCCAUCUGUGUGCACAUUUUUACCACAGUGUUACUAUGUACUAAUUGGCAUAUGUAUGUGCACUAAUAAUCAUUCUCAUACAAAUCCUUAAAAGGUAAAAUUUUGUAUUGUUUUUACAUAAAACAAAUUACUAAGUGAGCUAAAAACAUUUGGUAUGAUUUAAGACAUAUUAUGCUGGAAACUAACCUAGCAAGUGUAUUAUGAGGUCCUUACAGAAUAUGUAUUCAACUUAUUCAUGUUUGAGCUUUUUAUAAAUCCCUUAAACUACAAGAUUUAAUGCCAUAUUGCUUAUAAUAAUGUUCUUAUUAUGAUGCCCAUAUUUUCACACUGACUUAAACUAAUAGUUAAACUACUGACAACAUGUGUGUGUGUGGGGGGGGGGGGAACUUGAUCACAAAACCUAUUGUUAAAGAAAGCCAUAUAUACUUUAACUGCUAUUUAAGUAUGUAUUAUAAUGCCAUUUCUGUUACUCAUAAUUUUGAAAAUCAUUAAUCAAGCAGUUUAUUAUCUGUUUAUUAUCUUUUUGAGUUGUCAAAAAAGAUUUUAAUAUGAGUAUUGUUUAAUAAGAUUUGACUUAUUGCUUUUUUUUUUCUUUUGUGUGUGGUGAAGGUUUUUUUCAUAUGUGAAAUGUUGACUCAUGGAAUGGUGUAAGGUUUCUGAUGUAUCCAUUUAGCUUACCUAGUUUUAGGACUGUGCAUGUUGUGGACAUUGUGCUAAUUACUAACAAACAGCUACUUUAUAAAUAUUCUCAUCCUGUAAUCAUUAUUGAUUAUAGUGAUGCAAUGUGAAAUUUAGGCAGGAGCAUUUUUACUUUUUAAGAAAUCAUUUUGUUGGUUAUGAUGUUUGUUGCAGUUCUGUUUUAUGACUUUUUUUGUUGGUUAUGAUGUUUAUUGCAUUUAUCCCUUUGGUCAAAGCUGAGAUAUUUUUAAUAAUUGCCACAUUUGGUUAGCUGUAAUUAAUUGUAGCCAAACCAAACUAAAUCUCUUGCUCACAAUUUUCUUCACAUUAUGUGUUCGUAUUUAUGUUUUAUUCCUCAGCAUUUCCCAAUUUUGACAGCAUCCAUGUUGUAUCUAUGAUAAACUAACAACUUCAAUUAAAAAACUAUAGCAAUAAUGACAUGAGGCAUUUCAACUUGGCCAUAGAGACAUAAGACCAUAGAUUUAAACUGUCAAGGUCUGGUUUGGAAACCCUAACUAUAUACAAAUCCCACAUUCAUAAUGUUCACUUCCAUUUUUUUUCUGUGGAAGAGCAAAAAUACCUUUUCUUCUUUACUCAUUAUCCAUGCCAUACAUUAAUUUAUUUUAUUGUUCUCAGGUAUCAUCAUCUAAAUUAACUAUUUAUCAUUCACCUGGUUUUGAAGGGAGCAACAUAACUUGGUUCUUUUUUUAAUUCACCGUGUAAUGUAUUGUUGCUUUUCUUGCUUAUAACAGGAGGCCAACAUGGAUAACGUAGUACCUCUUCUUCUUUUCACUGAUUCAGUGAUGGAGAUGCUGAAUGUGAAAAGAUCAUUAAAUUGUCAAUUGCCUCUUUCUGUAAAAUCUGAGAUCAGGGAGGAACAAAGCAUUGGAAGCUUUUGUGUGGCAAAGCAAUGUUUGCAUCAGAUGUUUUUGGUUGAAAUUGUAUGUUUUAUACUAUCAGCUCUCCAAGUUGUUUCUGCUCCAGAUCUGCAUGAAGCAUUUAGCUGUCAUUGUGUCUGUGCAGUUACUUAAAAACUACUUAAGUUGUUUUUGAGUUGUUGAAAUCAUAUUUGGUAAGAUGGUAAAUAUGAGUGUUUCUCAAAGCCUAUGCAUACUGGCCUACCAUGCCUGAAUUUUUUAUUAUUAACCUCCAAGUUGUAAGAAAAGAAAUAAUUUUUGUAUUUUUUCCCCCCCCCAAAUCGGUUUGUUCAAAUGGGUCUUGUUCAAUUGUAUGUCAUUAUCAGUGGAUGUGCAAUAAAUAAUAACUC